AUGACCAUAAUCUUAAAUGAUCCCACUUGGUGGCCGGUCAUCAAUUCAAAUCGUAUUUCCAGCUAUGUUGCAGUCGCCUCCGUUAUUAUAGUGAUGUAUGAUUGGGUACUUACAUUCGGACAAGAGGUCGAAUUGGUUUGGAGGCAACGCUGGUCCCUAAUGACAGCCAUGUAUCUCGGUGCGCUACCUGGGAAUCUUAUCUGCUGCCCUGACCAUCCCGAACGAGCUUCCGACCAUCUCGCUGACAGAUACAGCGAGUCUUCUGCACAGAUGCCUACUAUUCUCCUCCAAUUGAUCAGGGUGCCCUAUGUGGGACUACUAGAGGAAACCAUUCUCUCCGGUACUUAUCAGUGCUCGAUUGGAAUUGUGGAACAGUUCACGCUUCUGGAUUCUAUUACUUGGAUACUCGGAACUGUGUGGGAGGUCCUCGUACUAUGUCUUUCAGUCUGGAUUGUUGUCAAACACUUCCGUGAACUGCGACAACAUUCGGCAGGAGGGAUUAUUAUUGCAGACUGUUUCGCAGUAUUGAUGAAAACUCACGUGCUUUACUUUGCGAGCUUUGUUGCUGUUUCUUUCCUCCAGCUCAUUACUCAGUUCUCUCCAAUGUUCUUAACGGACCAAUAUUCCCUGAAAGCUCAUGUUUAUUUUGGCUUGCUCCAGAUUUUGGAGGCUGUGCAAUCGUUUGUGCUGGGACCACGCCUGAUCCUUGGCGUUCGAGAAUCUAACGCAAAGCUCGUGACCAAUUCCAACACAGCAACUGCCAUGACCUCAAUUGCUUUCCAAGAGCGCGUGCACAUAUCGACUGACAACGGUGUAUAG